CACACACACACACACACACACACACCUCACCACCCGGCCGGCAGCAAAACCAUGGAAGGAAGCAGGCCGCCGUUCCGAGCGAUCCGGCCGAGCAAAGGUAAGGGAGGCCAUCUUACAUGUGCCAGUCAAGCGGCCAGGCUCGCCCACAUCCUUACACUACUGUCGUCGCUGCUCGUUUCUUGUGGAGUCGGCACCAUCCUUUUGUAAUGAAACUAAAAUGGUUCAACAUCUCCUUUGGAUUGUCAUUGGAUAAACUUCUGUAUCGCAAUAUAAAUCUCAUGCAAGAGCGAUGAGAGCGGAGGAGAGCGAGGCGGAAACGAGGCCGCCUGAGGCGAUCGCCGAUCUUCCGCGGUCGGCGCGCUCCUCGCCCGUAGGCGGCGCAGGGGGGCCGGCACAGAUCGGUUCUUGUUCUCUCAGUCCUCGCGCGGUGGUGUCGACGAGAGGGAAGGAUGGGCCGACGGGAUCUGGCGGGGACCAUGUCGCCUCGCCGCAGCUUGUCAGCGGACGGGAGGAGAGACGAUGGAAUCAAUGGCGGGUUUCUUUUGCUGACAGGUCGGAUCCGGGCGUAUGGAUCGAAGGGCGCCUUCGAUUAACUUUGCCUUCGCGCUGGAUGGCGCUCCUCGAUCUGGAGAAUGAAGUGCUCGCCGGCGACUACCUUCCGGACGGCGACGUGAUUGAGGUGGGGUUUCAAUUCAAUUUUGAUUCUUAUAUCGUGGUUGUCGGCGAUUGCGUGCAGAUCGACGUACGCACAAAGGCAACGGAGAUGAUUGACUUGACGGGGUACAUGGCGAUGGCGAUGGUGGAGCCGGGGGCGUCGACAUCUGCCCGCGAAGUUGCUUCCGGUGAUCGCCGGAGGGUGGGUGGGAGAUUUUGGGUGCUGGCGGAUGAUGACAGCGGGGAUGACGAGGUAGAUGACGGGCGCUCCGGAGGAUCGAUGACCUGCUCGCCUACUCCCUCGGAUAUUCUUUGUGAGGCUUGCUCCGGCCAAGAUGAGGAAGAGGUGGCAGAGAUGGUGGAGAAGGUCGUCCCUCCCGAGGACCCGGCAAGGAACGGACUGCAGUCCGGCGAGAAGUUGGAGCUGCUCCGGCGUGUCGUGCAUCGGAGGAUGGCGUCGAACGCACCUCGGCCCUGGAGGGGUCCAAUUCCCAAGGUGAGUCUUCCCAAACUUACUGUUUUUGAUCUGGUUGCGCCGGAGGCGUGGACGGCAGUGGUCAGACGGCAGAAGGGCGGUCGUGCGGCGGCUGGCCGGUAGCAGGCGGCGCCGGCGGCUUCGCUCGGGAUCGCGGCGGCGAGGGCCCUGCGUUUGAAAUCCUUGAUUGGCGCGUGUGGGCCUCCGGUGGCUACUGGGCCUCCUUCGGCUGGGUAUGUGGCCCAGUGCGAAGGGACUGCAGUUGGGUCGGGCCUCGUUUUACUGGAAAAGGACGUGAGGGAGGCAUGCAGUGGUCGACCCAGAUCAUCUUCUCCCUGCUCGCGCCGUAGGGUUCUGGUGCGGCGCCUCCCUCAUCGGCGGGCGGAUCCAGGCGGUCGUGCGCGUCGCAUUCCCCCGCUAGCGUCCAUGGCGGGACGUGGGGUGGCGGGGAAGAGACCGGCCGAGCUUCCCGUGACGGGUCGCGCUGGGACUGCGCCGGGCGGCGGUCGUGGUGCGGCGACUGCUGUGCCACCGCCAUCUGCGGCCAUCGGUUGUGGAGCUGGCCGGGGCGCGGUGCCCCCUAUGUCGCUUACGGGAGGGCGUGGCGGAACGGUGCCGGGUGCGGUCGUCGGGCGUAGUGCUACGGUGUCUGCCGGAGCUCGCGCACCGGUCAAUGCGGCCUCAGGAUCGGCGCCUGGUCGUGGUGGCCAGACUAGUGGGGCUGCGGGCCGGGGCGGCACGGCGACUAAGCCGCCAACGACAGGGGCGACGGGGGCUGUGGGGCAUCUGCCUAGGCAAGCACCGCCACCUAACUUCGUCACCAAACCUGUGGCUGGUGCUCAUGCCGCGCCUCGGGGACAAUGGGGAGACGAUGGUUUUGACGCGUAUGGGGCAGGUGUGCACCGUGGCUCGUCGUCAACGGGUGGCGGCCGAGGCUACGCUUGGCAGAGCGACGGUUCGGCCGAGCGUCCGUUUCUGGGCCCCCAGGGUGGUUUUGUUGAGGGUGCUUCUGGUCCGGAUGCUAGACAGCGUGGUGGCUUCCGUGGGCAUCGUGGUGGUCGGGGCGGGCGAGGGGCCCGGUACCGUCCACGACCGCCGCCUCCACCGGUCGUUGUCGAGCAGAUGACUGAUUACGGGGCUGCAGAGGAGCCUAUGUUGCCCGCCCACGCGAUGGAGGUAGUGACGGCUCUUGCUUCUGCUCCGGUUUCUGAGAAUGAGGUUUUGCCUGAUGUGUCCGCGGAGAUGAUGGACAAGGCUGAGUCUGAUAGAGCGUCCAAGUGGGCACGCAGGAAGGAAAAGAUGCUAUGCUAUCGUUGCGGAGACAAGGGUCACUUCAUUGCGGAGUGUGUGGCACGCUUGUGUGAUACCUGUGGUAAGCUGGCACAUGAAUCUGGGGAAUGUCCUUUACUGCGUGAUCAGGCCCCUUCACUCAAGAUGUAUGGAGUAUACUGUGCUGAGAUCACUUUUUUCGAGUCUCCGUCUGAGCACGAGGUGUCUGACGAGUCUCCGAGUAAGACCACGGGGAUUGUCAAGGUCACCAGAGGGGAGGUGUCUGAGGCACAGAUAGUGCAGAGGCUUCGAGAGCUGGCUCCUGGGGAUUUCCAGUGGGACCUUGUCGGUCUUGCUGAUAAGAUGUUCAGGGUCAAGUGCCCGUCUGUGGAGGAUCUGCAGCGGUUGCUGAGUUUUGGGAUGUGUAAGGUCCCGGGUACUGAUGGUAUCCUUGAGUUUCAGGAGUGGAAGCUUGUUGAGCCUCAGGGCAUACCGCUUACGCAAGCGUGGCUACGCUUUUCCGGGGCACCUUCCUCCCCACUGCAGGAUGCUCGGGUUGUGGCCAGUUUGGGCAUUCUUGUGGGGAAGCCUGAGCGUGUGGACAUGACUUUCACCAGAGCUCAAGGGAUUGCUCGGGUUUUGGUCAGUAUUUUGAAUGUUGAGUAUGUGCCGGAAGUGGUUAAAUGGGCUUAUCGAGGCAGGAUUUAUAAUCUGGUUAUUGAGUUUGAGGACGAGAGCCUGUUGUCUGCACUGGCUCACGUGUCUGAUGUUGAUAUGCAUGAGGGUGACGGUGGCGCGGGAGUUCAGGAACCGCCGGCCGAGGACUCUGGACGACAGCUGUCUAUGGGGCCGGGGUCCGACACCGCGACGACCGGGGAUGGGGCUGCUCAGCCCUCCUCGGUGCCUUCGAAGUCGCUGAGAUUUGGGUCCUUCGAACCUUUUUCUGCACCGCCGAGGUUGUCGAGCGAUCGGGUGGAGUCCGAGGAGGCCUUUGAGCUCGCUUUGCCUGCUUUGGAUUUUCUGGAUGCUGUGGACUCGGGUUCUGGGGAUCUCUGGGUUUCAUCACUUGCGGUCAGGGGGGCGGAGGAGGUGAGUCAGCAGGUGGCCACUCCCUCGUCUGGUCAGCGCGGGGUUCCCCCUCAGGAGACGCCGCAGCUUACAGGGCCUCGUGUGCAGGGAGGAGACAUAGGCCAGGCGGUCUCGGGUUCUUUUUGUGCUGAGGGCAGGGAUGCGGGGCAGGUGGCUCCCGUGUCCUCUUCUUCCCUGGGAGGAGGUCCGGGUCAGGAGGACUCGGAUGCUUCUUCUCCCGUGGUGUCUUCUUCUCAGAUGGUGCCGGUUUCGCCUUCGGGAGUGGGCUCGGGGCAGGCGGCUUCGGAGCUUUCUCCUAUGGUGGUGCCCUCUCCGGUGCAGGUUGGGGAGCCAGGACGGGCGGUCCUGGCUAUGUCUCCACCACCAUCGGCGAUGGCCUCGUCUGGUGCGGCGCGCCAGGCGUCCCUUCCUACUGGUGCCACUGUGGGGCGGCCCAUGCAGGGCGCUCGGACGGCGGGUUGGGGUGAGGCAGGAGGCCGUACCCCAUCCGCGAUCUCUCGGGAGGAGGUCAUUGCGUUUGGCGGGAUCCAGGAUCCCUUGUCUGAGGGGCGCCGGGUGAGUGACCGUCUCCAGGCACAUCCGGAUGUGGACGACAUCCAGCAACGUUCUGAGGCGGGGGUAGAGGAGGUCUCUACUGAGAUAGGCUUGGCAAGCCCCUCUGACACUGGGUAUGAGGACCAGUUGCAGAGUCAAGCUAUCCCAAAGCGCAAGUGGAAACGGAAGUUGUUUGGUCCUCCAGAAAACAAUUGUGUGUCUCUGGAUGAGUCCAGGGUUGAGGAUGUUCCUCAGCUCACAGUUGUGGAGAAUGAUGUUCUGACGGCUCCUUUUACCGAGAAAGAGGUAUUUGAGGCCGUUUCACAGAUGGAAACUAACAAAGCGCCGGGCCCAGAUGGAUUUCCAGCGGAGUUUUAUAAGAAAUGCUGGUUUAUCAUUAAAGCUUCAUCUUUUUCAGCUAAAUUUUGGAACGAUCACACUUCUUCCAAAGAAAACAGAGGCUGUGAGAAUUGA